AUGAAAUUUUCACUCUCCCAAAAUAACGCUGGUGGCAGUGUCGAAGCUGCCCCACCAGCUUUCAACACCCCGCGACUUCGACUCUCCGGUCGUUAUCUCCAUGUGCUUUGGUCGGGCUCUGCUGCUACGCAUGAGGACCAGAUGAAUGAGACUGAUACCGUUGCAGGUGACGAAACAAAAUAUACUGGUGAUCGCUCCGUCGGAGUAGAAACGCUGGAAAUAAUCUCGGUCCCUGAAGGCUCAGGCUCUUCGGAUACACCCGUAGAAGAAACUCUGCCUGACGGCCGCUCCCCGCACGGUUCUGUUACCGAUGCGGCCAAAGCUGAAGUAACGCUUCAGCGCUUGCGAUCACCCGUGGCUGCAGCACUCGCAACGUUGGCCAAACACUGCCCACCGCAGCUCGGAUGGAAAGCAAAGACAAAACGACAGUACAGCUCCCUGGAACAGGAAGAUUCUCCUAAGAUAACCAGGAAACGACGUCAGCUCAUCGGUUGGGGCCGUCCGCGACAAGAGGAAGACCUGCUCUCAUGGCUCACUCAUGCUCUGGUACCUUCCUAUGUGCAACCCUCCGAUGUACCUUCCGAUGUACAUGCCCAAGACAACAAAAUCGCUGAAGAUCCAUGCGACUCUGUAUCGGUCAAAGGACUAAGUACCUCUCUCGCGUCCAUACCAGAGGAACGAUGGUCUUACUGGCUUACUCGCCCUUUGCGCACGACUCGGACAUCUGAUGCCUUGGCUCUGGAGGAUCUACAAUCUCCAACUUUCCCGCCCGAUCACAGCCAAACUCCGCCGAUCCCCGCAGUACGAUUCUCCAGUGCAUACGCAUCGUGCUUUGCAAAUCCACAACGUCAGCCUAGUGUUAUCCGUUGGAAGUUGCCUUGAGUCCCCACUGCCCAGCAUCGGCGAUAUAAAAAUUGUAGAUAUCAUCUUCUAUGUCAAGUGCACGGACGUGAUACACCACAACCAAAUAUUUGUUUGACAGAUUCCGUUGGCGGUGACUUGCUAUCAAUAGACGGUAUCAGCCAUGUGGAUGCCCUCAUCCGGCAUUCAUCACAGAGCGCGACCACAGUUCUCAGCAUUCUUUGGUGACCGAGCUACUCGUACCCCGCGGAACUAGAGCUGUGCAUACCUUGUUCUAUACGAAAUCAACUUCUAGUGCUUCAUGCAGAACGGCAUUUUUGGUGAAGAACAUCGAUACAUCGUUCAGCAUUCAAUACAAUUGUCAAUUUUCAACUCGGACCGGUAUACGUCUGAACUCAAUCCGCAGCCUAUGUAGCACUACCGAAUAUUUGAUACCGUCUGCAAAUGCUCGGGCCGAUUUCGUCGUACUGCGCUUUU